ACAACAUCCGCUCCAUUCUUACUAGUUACCCGGUCACCUCCUCACAGCUAUUGAUAUAGACAUACCAUCUCAGAAUAUAUCUUCAGGGCGUAUAUACCCCGCCCCACAUCUCGCAAUCUGCGCAGCAAGCUUUAAAGAGAUUGGCUAAAUAAGACCUUGGAUCUAAAUAAGAAGCAAGAGAAGGAGAAUACCACAUUCGUUAAAUGAGAAGAAUAAGCGCCAUACUCCCUUCCAGCAUCUCCACACUAUCCAAAAGAACCAUGCAAACAACCGGACGCGGUCGUCCAAACCGCCAACCACAAGACGAAGGAAGCGACAGAGGCACCAGCAGAGGCACCGGACGAGGAAGAGGAAGAGGACGAGGCCGCGGCCAAACCCCCAACCCCAACUUCACCCACUCUCCCCGCCCCCAGCACAGACACCCCCGCUUAGAACACUCCUCCAUCCCCUCCUUCGCCGCCAUAAAACCCGGCACAGGCGUCUCCAUCGUGCUAAAGCAAGACCAGACCACAGGCCACCAGGUCCGCGGCCUAGUCGCCGACCUACUAACGCGCGGCGACCAUCCGCGUGGCGUCAAAGUGCGGCUGCGAGACGGGCGAGUGGGCCGCGUGCAGGGGAUUGUAAGUGAAGUUGAGGGGGAGAGGGGGGAGGCGCUGGUUGGCGGGUCCGAAGCGAAUCUUGGGAGGAAUGGGCCUGCCGCUGUUGGUGGAAGAGGAGGUGCUGGGGGGAGGGUUGGGGGCAGGAUGGAGAGGGAUAUAAGGGAAGACGAUGAGUAUUUGUAUGAGGCGAGGAAGCCGGCGGAUGUGGGGUUGUUUGCUGCGCUGGAAGAGGCGGAUCAGCGGCAUCAACAGAGGAGCAAGGGCAGAGGGACGGAGGAGCUGAAAAGUGGGAUUGCCAAGUGUCCGGUUUGUGGCGUGUUUGAGGGCGACGAAGCGGCUGUGGCACAUCAUGUUGAGGAGCAUUUUAAGGAUUAGAGAGGUGGAGAGUGGAGAGAUUGAAGUUCAUGUUUCCCAUCAUCCGACUAAUAACACUGAGCCUUGUGCCAUUGGCAAGGAUUCCAGCAUAUAUAUGGUCCACGGAGGACUCCUGAAACUACCUAGCCCAUGUGAAAACUCCCG